UCUUACUUCAUCUUUCCUCUGUCAAACUUCCUUUUGUAUGCCCUUCUAUUUAUUACAUUUUACAUUGUUAGCUUCUACUCAUCAUACAUGUACAUCCUUUCAAGCAUUUUUUCUGCCUCCUACUUUAGUUGCUUCCUCUUCAAGUUCUUAUCUUUCUCUGCUUAUAAUUCAAGCUGAAAUUUUCUCUCCAGAAAUUGAUGCAUCACAUUUCAUAGAAUUAUUAAGCUACUUGGAAUGCUUCUCCACCAUCGAAUCUUUAACUCAACCAAACAAUUUCUUGUUUCUCAGUAAGAUUUAAGAGCCGAAGCACAGUUUUUAUCAUGGAUUCAAGUGCUAGUCAUAAUUUUCAGAACCAAUCCGAUUCUGGGUUGUUGAGUUUUCACUCUGCUCCAAGCUCUCUUCUUGCUAAUUUCACUGACACAUUUAAUAAGAGAAAUUUUGAAUCAGAGAGGGUAAUCUCAAGAUUCAUGAAUUCUGGUGGUGAUACUGGUAAUAAUUCUAACUUUCAAGAGUUUGAAGAUAAAUCGUCGGUUCAUUAUGGGAAUAAUUCUCAACAAAACUGUUCCGGGUUGCCUCUUCAUUAUCCAAGGCACAGCUCUCCGAUGGACACCUCAUUUGAGUUCUUAAUGGAUCAUAACACACAAUUAAAAACUGUUAACUCCAAUCUCGUUAGGCACAGCAGCUCCCCAGCAGGACUUUUCGCCAAACUGUCUGCACAAAACGGCUACUCCACCGGAAACCAAGCAGGAAACUAUGGUGGGUUGAAUGGAUCCAAUGGAGAAGUGAGUCCAUCAACAAACAGAAUCAAAAGUCGGCUUAGCUUCUCCUCAAGAAUACCUUCACCCCUAGGCGUGUUGCCGCAGGUCUCAGAAAUUGAUAGCAACAGCAUUGCAGGUAGCCCUACAGACGGGAAAACUGGAAAUGGUAAUGGCGAUGCUCGAUUUUACAGUGCUGGAUUCCCAUAUGGAUCUUGGAACGAUUCAUCCCAUUUCACAGAUAAUUUUCCUGCCAUGAAAAGAGACCAGGAAAAUGACAGGAAGUUUUUUUCUAGUACCCAGAAUGGAGAGCUUGGAAAUUGCGUUCACAUAUUAUCCCACCAGCUGAGUUUGCCUAAGACUUCAGCAGAGAUAGCUGCCAUGGAAAAAUUCUUCCAAUUUCAGGAUGCUGUCCCCUGUAAAAUUAGAGCUAAACGUGGUUGUGCCACCCAUCCUCGAAGCAUUGCCGAAAGGGUGAGAAGAACACGGAUCAGUGAACGGAUGAGAAAGCUACAAGAGCUUGUUCCAAAUAUGGACAAGCAAACGAACACAGCAGAUAUGUUAGAUUUGGCUGUUGAGUAUAUUAAAGACCUCCAAAAGCAAUUUAAGACUCUUAGCGACAACCGGGCAAACUGCAAGUGUUCGAAUAUUCAGAAGCCAGUCUCUAAUCAAAUUGUUUGACUCCCUUCUGUACAGAAGACAAAGGAAAGUGAUGACUAGGGAUUAGCAUUUUCAUUUUCUUUUGAUGAACUGAGCAAAUAUAGUGAAGCUCAAGUUUCUAUCACUUCAUUGGCAUGACUUAGAAAGGCAGAUAGAAUUUACACCACAAGAUUCAAAGCCUGUAAGCUACGAAGUAGUGGUUACAAUAUAAUAUGAAAUAAAGUGGUAAUUGUACAGAACA